AUGGCGGAAGUGUAUGCAUUAGAGAUCUCAUCAAAUGUAUCUGAAUUCCCAUAUGAGAAGAAGUACCCGUCAUCGCUCACUUUAGGCGAACUCAAGGCAUGGUCAUGGUUAUUUCAGAAGAAACUGGAAUUGGUUGUUGGCGCUACGUCCGAGAACAUCCACAUUGAACUUCACGAUGCUGAGGGAAAAUUCGUUUCAUCUCUAACGGAUGCAGCUAAAAAUCUUAAAGAGCUGGGUGUGAAGGAUGGUAUGCGUCUUCAUGCAGUAGACAUCUCUGGCCAAAAUGCGGAAUUACAAGAUGACAGUAUGGUUGAAAAGUACACGAUUAGUGACGAUCAGUAUGAUAAACGCGAAGAUAGUGUUCGGGCGUGGAAGAAGAAACUGCUCGCUGAAGGUGCUACGGGACACGAACACACUGCCAGUGAACGCGGAGAUGUUAACGAAGAAAUAGCGAAGAAGAUAAAGGUUGGUGAUCGCUGUGAAGUACGUCUUCGUGGUGCGAUACCACGUCGUGGAGUGGUGGCAUUCGUCGGUGAGACAAAGUUCAAGGAAGGGCCGUGGGUUGGCGUCACGUACGAUGAGCCGGUCGGGAAAAAUGAUGGAACUGUCGCUGGUGUCAGGUAA